UGUAGUUCAUCACAUAUAUAAUAUAUCUAUGUAUAUCUAUGCAUGUGGGGUUACAUGUAUGUGUGUGUGUGAGGUUAUAGAUAUCCCCUCGACUCACCCUUUCAUCUCUUCACACACAGAGAGAGACAGUCUCUCUAUCUCUCUCUAAGCUCUUCGUUUUGGGUUUCUUUUACAGGAUCCGUGUCUUCGUGUGGGUUUCAUAAAUCUCGGAAUAAAUUACAGAUCUGAUUUGGGGAGAUUGGUUCUGGCCAUUCUCGUCUUUAAUUGCCUCGAUUCUUGUGACCUUUCUGAAAAUAGUAUGAAUCGUUCUUUAUGAAAAAGAAAGAAAAAUUCGGAGUGGGUUUUCUUUGGAAUUAUUCGCCAAUUCAUCUUUACUCAUCAAGUGUUCACAACAACAAAAAAAGCUAUUGAUUGGGUGUUUGUUAUAGUGAUAAAAGAAUCUUUGUUAACUUUUCGUUGGUUUACUGUAAAAAAAAGUAAAAGAAAAAAAAGAAAACACACGUAGUAUUCAUUCUCUCUUUCUCUCAGUCAGUAGGCAUAAUCAUAGGCCCCCCAAAACAAAAAUCAUGAAAUUGGACCAAAAUUUCGGAUGACUUUUUUUAAUUAAAGUGAAUCCGACAUGGAAAGGGGCCAAUUAGCGUUGUCGGCAACAACGUAUGGAAUCCACCGGAUCUUGACAAACUUUUCUUGUUUUUCCACAUCUUGUGCCAUCAGAUCUGCACUUACUUCCACCUCUGUUUUUUACUCUUUCUUUGACUUUGAUUUCUGUUCUUUACCUUCUAUUAGUAUUUAGUACACGAAUCAUCUAGAUCUGUUUCUGAACCGGGUUUGUCUCAAAACUCUUUUUUGAGUAAUUCGUUCCAAUUUUAGGUAUAAAUUUGUGGUGAAAAAAGAAAAAGAAAAAGAAAUGAAGUAUAAAGAUGAUAAACCAGGAAGACAACCUGAAAAAAGUUCAAGAGUGGUAUCUAUAGCAAUAUCAUUUGUGGUUCUAUGUGGGCUUUCAUUUUAUCUUGGUGGGAUCUUUUGUUCCGAAAAGAACAAAAUUUCUAGUGUGCAAAUUGGUAAAGAAGUCGAAUCCAUUGAUCAAACUGUUUCUAGUCCGAUUCAAGUGAAAUCAGUUUCAUUCCCCGAAUGCAGUCCUGAAUUACAGGAUUAUACCCCCUGCACCGAUCCUAAGAGAUGGAUGAAAUACGGGCGGCACAGGCUGACGUUCAUGGAACGUCAUUGUCCGCCAGUAUUUGAUAGGAAAGAAUGCUUGAUUCCACCACCAGACGGCUACAAGGAGCCGAUCAGAUGGCCAAAGAGCAAAGACGAAUGUUGGUAUAGGAAUGUCCCGUAUGACUGGAUCAACAAACAGAAGUCGAACCAGCAUUGGUUAAGGAAAGAAGGGGAGAAAUUCUACUUUCCGGGUGGUGGUACUAUGUUUCCCAAUGGUGUUAGUGCUUACGUUGAUUUGAUGCAAGAUCUUAUUCCGGGGAUGAAAGAUGGAACUGUCCGUACAGCCAUUGAUACCGGAUGUGGGGUGGCUAGCUGGGGAGGCGACUUGCUUGAUCGUGGCAUUUUAACGGUGUCUCUUGCCCCCAGAGAUAACCAUGAAGCUCAAGUUCAGUUCGCGUUAGAGCGUGGGAUUCCGGCAAUUCUUGGAAUUAUAUCAACACAACGUCUCCCAUUCCCAUCAAAUUCAUUCGACAUGGCUCAUUGCUCAAGAUGCCUCAUCCCAUGGGCAGAAUUCGGUGGGAUUUACCUUCUUGAAGUACACAGGAUCUUGCGUCCGGGAGGAUUUUGGGUGCUAUCGGGCCCACCCAUAAACUACAAGCGUCGAUGGAGAGGUUGGAACACGACGAUUGAAGAUCAAAAGUCCGAUUACGACAAGUUGGAAGAACUUCUGACUUCGAUGUGCUUUAAAUUGUACAACAAAAAAGACGAUAUUGCUGUUUGGCAGAAAACCACCAAUAACGAUUGCUACAAACAGCUCGAUGCUCCCGAUAACUAUCCACCAAAAUGCGACGACGGGACUGAACCCGAUUCCGCCUGGUACACUCCGUUGAGGCCGUGUGUGGUGGUGCCGAACCCUAAUUUGAAGAAAUUGGGGUUGGGAUCGAUCUCAAAUUGGCCGGAACGAUUGCACGAGGCUCCGGAUCGGAUCGGUGAUGUUCGUGGUAGCAGUGCUGGAGACUUCAAUCGUGAUGAUAAAAAAUGGAAAAAUAGAGUGAAGCAUUACAAAUCGUUGCUUCCGGUUCUUGGAACUGAUAAAAUACGGAACGUGAUGGACAUGAACACGCGAUAUGGAGGUUUUGCCGCCAGUUUGAUUGAUGAUCCGCUUUGGGUCAAUGAACGUGGUGUCGUCUUAUGCUCCCAAUACACUUCCGGUGGUUUACGAUCGGGGACUCAUCGGAACUUUCCAUGACUGGUGUGAGGCAUUCUCGACGUAUCCUCGAACAUACGAUCUUCUUCAUGUAGACAGCCUAUUUACAUCUGAAAGCCAUAGGUGUGAGAUGAAAUACGUGUUGUUGGAAAUGGAUCGGGUCUUGAGGCCAAACGGGUACGCCAUAAUUAGGGAAUCAAGCUAUUUUGUAGAAGCAGUUGCGAAGAUAGCAAAGGGGCUGAGAUGGAGUUGUCGUGUAGAAGCCACCGAAGAUGGUAAUGAAAAAGAAAAAGUUUUGAUAUGUCAGAAGAAACUCUGGUACUCGCAGCAGAACUCAUAGCAACAAUAUCAGAAAAAUGUGUCAUUUUUUGUUUCAAUAUUAUAUAUAUAAAAUUUAAGUGUUCAAGAAAAGGAAAGAUUAGUUAACUCAAUUAAAAUCAUGUUACUAUAUUAGGAUAGAUGUCUCAUGUCUGUUGUAGAAG